AUGCGGUGCCCAAUCAGUACAUGCUCAUCGCCAAGUUUCGCGAUCACUUUAACCACCUACUCUGACAACCGGCCGGGAGUGUUGACCCAGGUCUACGAGGGAGAGCGUGCCCUGACCAAGGACAAAAACCUGCUCGGAAAGUUGGAGCUCUCUGGAAUCCCACCAGCGCCAACGGAAUCCUCAAUGUGUCUACCACCGACAAGUCGACUGGAAAGCAGAACAAGAUCACCAUCGCCAACGACAAGGAGCGUCUGUCGAAGGACGACAUUGAGCGUCGUGGUAAACGAGGCCGAGAAGUACAAGGCUGAUGAUGAGGUCCAGAAGAACCGCAUCGGAGUCAAGAACAGACUCGAGUCUUACGCUUUCAACCUCAUGGAGACGAUGUUUUACAGAUUCAUUCAAUAA